UAUUUAUAAAAGCUACAGCUUUUAUCCGAUGAAUGCAGUUGGAUUGCAACUGAAUAACAGUGAAUACCUUCGUCGAUUUAGUAUAAUACAUUGUGCUGAACCGAAACAUUACGGUAUACAAAAUGCUUGCCAGCGAAAGUUUAAAUGGUCAUCGCCAUCACCAUCAUCCGCGUCAACAUCAAGAUUCUAAUGAGUACAACGAAUCUAUAUUUAAAAAGGUAGACCAAGUGGCCUCUGAUGGGUACGGAGAAAAAAAGUUGGCACACGAUGUUGCUCUAUCGAAUGUAGAUGUCAAUGUCAUUGCGAAUUCUUUAAAUAGUGGUUCAAAGUUAACGGAGGUAUACGCUGAUAAACAAUUUUUGUUUGAAGAAAAUGCAAUGAGUAGCAAAAAGGAGGAAAUUAAAAAAAAAAGCAAGCUCAUUCCAAGUCAUCCAAAUGAAGACGUUAAGGGAUUUCUACAUGAAUGCAUAGAGGAAAUUAUAAAUUCAGCCGUCUACAGUGGUACUAAGCGUUCAAGCAGGGUUGUGGAAUGGCAUUCUCCAGAAGAGCUUAGAUCUCUGUUUGACUUCAAACUUAAGCAUCAUGCGGAAUCUCAUGACAAUCUUUUGAAACUGUUAAAGAAAACAAUUGAUUAUUCCGUCAAGACGGGACAUCCUUAUUUUAUAAAUCAGCUGUAUUCAGGAGUAGAUCCAUAUGCAUUAAUAGGACAAUGGCUUACAGAUGCCCUAAAUCCAAGCGUCUAUACAUAUGAAGUUGCCCCAGUUUUCACAAUAAUGGAAGAAGAAAUAUUGUCUGAAAUGCGACGAAUAGUUGGCUUUCCCAAUGACGGCUACGGCGAUGGCAUAUUUUGCCCUGGAGGAUCUAUUGCCAAUGGAUAUGCAAUUAGUUGUGCGCGAUACUACAAAUUUCCAGAUUCGAAGAAAAAUGGACUAUUUGGUGCAAAGCGGCAAAUCAUAUUCACAUCAGAAGACUCACAUUAUUCUGUAGAAAAACUUGCAAUGUUUAUGGGAUUUGGAAGCGAAAAUGUGUGCAAAAUUCGAACGGACAAAUGUGGAAAAAUUAAUGUAGAAGAUUUGAUGGAAAAUAUAGAAACAUGUAUAAGCGCAGACUGUGAACCACUGAUGGUAUCGGCGACCGCUGGGACAACAGUUUUAGGCGCUUUUGAUAACCUUGAAAAAAUUGCUGAUUUGUGUAAUAAAUACAAUAUGUGGAUGCACGUGGAUGCUGCGUGGGGAGGUGGUGCGUUAAUGAGUCCAAAAUACCACCGUCUUCUGAAUGGUAUUGAAAGAGCUGAUUCUGUUACAUGGAAUCCCCACAAAAUGCUAACAGCAUCACAACAGUGUUCUACCUUUUUAACCAAACAUAAGGAUAUUCUGAGAAAAUGCAAUUCAACAAAUGCUACAUAUCUUUUUCAAAAAGACAAAUUUUAUGAUACUAGUUAUGACACUGGUGAUAAACACAUUCAAUGCGGUCGUAGAGCUGAUGUUUUCAAAUUCUGGUUCAUGUGGAAAGCUAAAGGUACACGUGGGCUAGAGGAACAUAUUAACCACAUAUUUAGUAUGGCAGAAUAUAUAACACAAAGUAUAAAAGCUCGAGAAGGAUUUGAAUUAGUUUUGGAAAAUCCCGAAUGUACUAAUAUAUGUUUUUGGUAUGUGCCACCCAGCUUACGACAAAUGAAACGAGAUUCUGAAUUUUGGGAUAAGCUGCAUAAAGUAGCGCCAAAAAUUAAAGAAGCGAUGAUAAAAAAGGGAUCAAUGAUGGUAACAUAUCAGCCUCUACACAAUUUGCCGAAUUUCUUCAGAAUAGUUUUGCAGAAUUCUUGCCUUAAUGAAUAUGAUAUGGAUUAUUUUCUUAAUGAAAUUGAAACCUUAGGUAAAUCCUUUUAAAACAAGGCUACCUAGUUUCUUUAAAUUUCAUGUGUAAACUAUCUAGUUUUCAUAUCUAUAUGAUAUUUAAAAUACACUUCUAAAAUAUAUUUAAAAGGAGCUGUAAUGUAUUUAUGUAUGUGCAAUAAUUUAUGGACACGUCUAUCAAUUGAGCAGCUGUAAAACCGUAGUUGCGCGACAUUCUAAGGACAAGAAGAAAUAAAGAUAUAAUAAUAAUUGUAUGAAUAAGCUGAAUACUAUGCAAACAUUCAUAUUAUAAAUAUAAAAAUAUAAGUACCUGGCAAUUUACUUGACAAAAAAAUUAAUAUUUAACCGCACUUAUGUAUGUAAAAGAAAGUGGUGUUAGUUACUACGCUUACAACUCAAUAAUGGCUGCACAUAUUUUGACAAUUCACGCCAAAUUUUUAGGCCAUCUUGGAAGAAAAGGAUGAAACAUUAAGAAUUCGGCAAAAUUAUCACAAUUAAAAUGUGAAUAAAAAUAUUUUUGUGACAUACAUA